AUGUCCGCUGUCUACGAGCACUUCAAAUCGCCGCCGAAGCUUAUCGUUGGAAGAGGAGAGGUGACAUAUGUCUUUGUCUGCAAGCGCAACCCAUCGGUUGAGAUCCAGCGCCGGCGCUAUGACGAUAGCACGAGCAACCUCGUCAAGCAUGUCAAGCUCUGCGAUCCCAGCAAGUCCGUAGAGUCAGAGGCCAUCAAAGUGUUUGCUUAUGGCUCAUCGUACCACCCAGCCAAACAUUGGGUCAAGUUAGGUAUCUGGGUUGCCCGGCGUAACCGCCCUUUUGCCAUUGUUGAGGACCCAGAACUCCGCGAGAUCUUUGAGGAUCUCAACUCGGCUGUCCAGCACGUUUCUCGUCACACAGUCCCCCGGGAUAUCAUCGAGAUCCACAACCACACUAAGGACCACAUUAUCAAGUUUUUUGAGCACAACGUCGAGGGCUCCAUCCAUAUCGGUGUGGAUGGGUGGACCUCUCCAAACAUCUUCGCGUUUCUGGGAGUCACAGUCCACUAUAUCUCCGAAGGACUGUUGAAGAUGUUGACGCUCGACUUUGUAAAGCUCAUACAGGGGUCUACCUUGCGCGAUGAUUGGCCGUGUGCCUUCGCGAGUUUGGUCUUGAUCCUCAGCUGCUGGGGCUCGCUUGCGACAACGGGUCGAAUAACGAUACGAUGGUGGAAGAGUUGUCGUGACUCAUUCCCACCUUCGCCGGAUCGUCGUAUCGCCAUCCUCUCUCCCUUCGCGGGUCGCUUGACCAAAUCCCAAAUGGUGGAGAAAAGUACCCCCGAUCUUGAUGCCGCGCUGGGCGCAUUGGAGGACGAUGAUGGUGAUGGUAUGGUGGGCAAUGAAGAUGUUGAGUCGGAAGAUGAGGAAGACGAUGGGGAGGAUGGAGAUGAGUUGGCACCGGAAUGUGGAGGUUAG